CACUACCGGGGGCGGGAUCCCCUCCCGCUCGGCCGCCCCGCGGAGAGAUGGCCGCGCUGUUCUCGAGGAAGGCGGCAGGUGGCGCUCCAGCGAGGCGCGAGGCCUCUCCCACGGGCGCGCCUGCGCUUUGGCUGCUGGCGACUUUGGCUCUCGGCCGCUGGACACAGUUGGCAUCUUGUGGUUCGAUAGAAGAUGUUUUAGUCAUGGAAAUGGGCCUGCCAAAUGAACUCACUUUGAAGACUGGGACAGAUGCAAAGCUUCCAUGCUCCUUCUCGUCCACAGAGGAGAUCAGCGCUGCAACCUCCGUUACUUGGAGCUUUCAGCACGCGGAGUCAACCGCUCGUCCCAUGACGUUUUUCUACUAUUCUGAUGGGAAGGAAUAUACUGGGAAGAGCACACAAUUCAGUGGCCGGACCAGAUGGGAUGGAAAUUUUACUAUGAGCGAUGCAUCUAUCAUAGUGGAAAAUAUCCAGGCUGAAGACAAUGGCACUUACUUCUGUGAUGUCAAGAAUCCUCCAGACAUAGCUGCUGAGCCAACACAAGUCAUACUCAACGUUUUGGAGCAAGAAUCGAGAGCAGGGUUUGGAAGAAUGACCGCAGCAGCCCCCGAAAAGGUCACAGUCACAGUCAAAGCCACAACCAAAACCAAAAUCAAAACCACACACUCUGGAAGCAUUUCAUUGAAUGGGAUCUCAUUUUGGCCACUUGUACUUCCAUUCUCCUGCAUUUUAGCAUCUUUUCCCAGCUAUUUGUUCUGAAAAUAAAGAACACCUCUCACAGUUAUUAAA